AUGUCCUCAAGAUUAUUGAUCGAUUUCCCACCUGAAGUCACCAAUAAGAUAUUGAGCAAGUUAGAUAUUUUCUCCGUGUUAAAACUACGCAAAGUUUGCUAUGAUCUACGCCAAUUCAUUGAUGAGAACCCACCGAAACCAAUAUGUUGGGAAGUGAAAGCUUCUACAUUCAACGAAUCAAGUUCAAUUAAGUUUGAAUCUCCGAAAAAUAUAAUUAUAUCUUUUAAACCAAUUGAAAAGGGAUGCGUAAUGUCAUGGAGGAACGAUGACUAUGUAUUCAAGUUUGAGGAAUUCCUAGAUGAAAGUUAUAUGGAUGUGUUCUCAAGAGAACUCGGACUAAUUAUGAAACAUCAUUCGAGAGCAGGAUUGGAUUCUUUUUUAAUUGAGCUAUACCAAGGGGAACAUGACUACAUCGAACGGGAAGAAGAAGACCAGGAGAAUAACAUCAGAAUGUUGAAUUUGCAAGAAAUCCGGCAGUUGGACCAGUGGCAAAACUCAAAACGCGUGAAAGUUGAAGUCAAUGACUUUAAUGUUCGAAUUCAAGAUUUCUUACAUUUCGAGGAAGUUGGAAUUGAUUGUAUGGGGAUGCCGGUUCAAGAUAUCAUUUUGCUUAAAGAGAGUUUCCUGACGUCUCCAACGUUGACUAGUUUCAAUAUACUAAUACACGCUUACUUCGAUGAAAGAGAGCAACUCCAUGCCUCUUUUGGACUUCCAGUUGGUCAAGACAACUCGGAUGAAAAAUGGUUCUUCCGGAUUCCUGAUAACAAAGAAGUUUUGAGCGUGACUCUUACUAUGGCGGAUCGGUUCAUUUUUCGUAGAAUCGAAAUGAAAGAUGUUCCAAAAAGCACUGUUAUCAGAGACUGA